UACGCGGCCUACCUGCGCAGACUCGUUGAUGUCCGGUUUGUGCCAAAACCUGCGCAUGGUUCGACAGCCACCAACCCGCUAGUCUGCCCCCACCAUCGCGCCGAAGAAAUUGCGCCUCAACCCCGUCCCCUCAACACCUCCGGCCUCCCACACUCGAGACAUCUCGCCGCGUGCGAUGAACGACGCGGACGGGCCAGCAUGGUCUGGCGCGGAACAAUUCGACGCCAUCGGUGCGGCUGCCGAGCACGACUUUGGCAGCCUCAUCGACUUCGAUGAUAUCGACCUCGGCGACUUCAACAAAUUCAACCAGAUCGACUUUGGCGAUGGACAGGAUGCACAAUUGGGCGAGCUCGCGGAGAGCCUGGACGUACAGCACCUGCACAACCCCUUCAGUCCGGCCGGAGUAUCACAGGAGCAUCGUGGUGGGGCUGGCGGACCGCAGCAGCGCGGCAUGGACACUCACGGCAUCCCAACGACCGGGGACAACUUCUUCCAAUUCAGCAUGCCGCCCUAUAGCCAAGCAAAUGCCCCGGUAUUCGGUCAGGCGCAGGAGCAGAUGUAUCGCCCGCAUCAUGCCGUCCCUCCCACACCGAACAGCACAGAAAUGCACGGCGACCCAGGCCGGUACUUGCACCAGAUGGAUCCGCAGCAGGCCAUGUUUGACCAGCGCUAUCAGAUGAGGAAGGACGAGACAUUCACGCCUCUCGUCUCCCCGGCUGUUACCCCUCACGAAGCGCGCUUCCAGGUGCAAGAGUUGACCACGGUGCCAGGCGCAUACUUCAGUCCGCUAACCUCGCCGGCCCUUAAUGCGCAGAGUCACCAACAGACACAGCACCACUCGAGCCAAUACACCACCUCUGGGAGCUCUACGGGAGCGUCGCCCGUCGAUGUGGACAUGGAAAUACUCGGCGAGGCGGCAAUGGCCCCAUCAGAGCAGGGCAGGAAGCUGAGAAGCUCGAACCGGAGGACCGCACCACGGCCAUCCACCGCUGCCGGACGCGUACGGCAGUCACCCAUUGUGAAACCGGGACGGCGGAAAGCAACAGUGUCAUCACUCAUACCCCCCAAGGAGGUGACGGAGCUGAUGCAGGAGGCACGGGCGAGUCGCCCUUCGUCAAGUGGUCUACAGGCACCCCGCAGCCGCGAGGGCUCAGAGGCCGAUUCAAUAUCUCCCGAGCCUCUGCUCGAGAUGGGCCCGCCACCCAAGCCCGGCUCCGUGACACAGUCACCCGCGAUGAUGGCACAGAGCAAACACACCUUGGGCCAAGGUGUCGUCCCUGCCACACCUGCAUCCUUGAUGCGCAUUCACCCGUCACCUACUUUUGGUGCUCCAGAUGUGCCCCCAACACUAGAUGAUCUGACAUUGCCGGAGGCGUCCCUGGACAGGCAACCGUUGGAGCGUAUAGACACUUCCGUCCUAGAUGGCGAUCAAGAUACCCCUCGACUAUCCGCUCGAAAGACGCCCAAAUUAGGACCGCUCAGCACACCGUCCGCUUCCUUAGCGCAGUCUGGCAAGCCUAGUCCUAUGCUUAGCGCUGUUUCGUCCCCGACCAGCCCCGCAUUCGCGUCAGGUACAAGUAGAAGGGGGGAGCCGAAAUCUAGUCGCAAUUCGAAGAAGAGAAAUAGCGUAAGCUCGAAUCUGGUCAGCCCUGCGCUGAGGCCGAAGAUCUCACCCAGCAUCAAACCACUGCUUCCAGAAGGUGCGGUCUCUGAUGACACUCAUGCACUUCUGCUCGCUUCCAAGUCCAAUUACCAGAAUAUUCUUGAUGGCACAACUGUUCCCGGCGUUAUCUAUCCGACUUCGCUCUCUACGAACCUAACUUCAAAACGAACCUCACACAAGAUUGCCGAGCAAGGCCGUCGGAACCGCAUAAAUACGGCUCUUCAAGAGAUGCAGGCGCUUCUUCCUUCUCCACAGCUCGGUGCGAAAGAGAGCAAGAGUCCGGAAUCGGGACCGCAAUCGAACAACUCCAAAGCCGCCAAAGUUGAAAGUGCGAUAGAGUACAUUAAGCAGCUCCAGAAACAGUGCUUAGACAAGGACAAGCUGCUGGACCUGAAGGACCAAGAAAUGGAGGCUUUGCGCAAAGAGUUGGCGACUCUGAGACGGAGCAGCUCUGGUGGACAGAAUUCAACUCCUGAGGCAGUUAUGCAAACCACGGAAGUGAGCUCUAGUCCUUCAAGGGAGAACGGAACCUGAACGAGUAACGACCACCACGACUUUGAUAUUUUAUGGUUUUCCAGCAUGCAGCCGAGUGGCAGGCAGGUCUACGAGGUACGCAUAUCAAGAGGCACACACAUCCUUCAACUUCGUAUACAUUAGCCAGAGCAGCCUACUCCCCAGUACUUGCAGCUCUCAUCCUCUCCGGCGCAUAGGAGGGAAGACGUAUUGGGUAGACGCUGCAGUAGUACUUUUCCCCGGGCGUAUCUUUGCAAACACUAAAGCAUCUGGAGUAAUCUGCGCAUACCGAACAUUUGUACGAC